CUCGCGCAGUCCAGCCAGUAACCGCGGUACGGCUCCUACAGCUCCGGCAUGGCCAACCCUCCUCACGACCCGUUCUACUCCUCGCCGUUCGGACCCUUCUACCGGAGGCACGCGCCCUACAUGGUGCAGCCAGAGUAUCGGAUCUACGAGAUGAACAAGCGGCUUCAGUCGCGAGCAGAGGAGAGUGAUAAUCUCUGGUGGGACGCCUUUGCCACGGAAUUCUUUGAAGAGGACGCCACACUCACUCUUUCCCUCUGCCUAGAAGAUGGCCCCAAGAGAUACACGAUCGGAAGGACGCUCAUCCCUCGUUACUUCAGUACGGUGUUUGAGGGCGGAGUCUCAGAGCUGCACUAUGUGCUGCAUCACUCCAAAGAGUCGUUCCACAACGCCAGCGUCACCAUCGACUGCGACCACUGCACCAUGGUCACCCAGCACGGCAAGCCCAUGUUCACUAAGGUCUGUACAGAGGGCCGUCUGAUGGUGGAGUUCACGUUUGAUGACCUCAUGCGUAUUAAGAUGUGGCACUUCUCCAUCCGGCAGCACCGGGAGCUCAUUCCACGCAGUAUCCUCGCCAUGCACGCCCAGGACCCUCAGGCUCUUGAGCAGCUUUCCAAAAACAUCACCAGGAUGGGCCUAACCAACUUCACUCUCAACUACCUCAGGUUGUGCGUUAUCCUGGAGCCCAUGCAGGAGUUGAUGUCGAGGCACAAGACGUACAGCCUGAGUCCACGCGACUGCCUCAAGACCUGCCUGUUCCAGAAGUGGCAGAGGAUGGUGGCCCCUCCAGCUGGACCCCCUCAGAACUUCAAAUCGGAGAUAUUCUCCUCCAAUCACAAGAAAGCAGAAGCAGCCAGACCGCCCGCCACCAAGAGGAGGAAGAGGAAGAACUCUGCUGGCUCCGCCUCCAACAGUAGCCAUGGCAACAGCACCAACAGCAAGAAGCGCAGUCCAGCUAACAACUUUACCUUAUCCAGCCAGGUACCUGAUGUGAUGGUGGUGGGCGAGCCCACUCUGAUGGGCGGGGAGUUUGGUGACGAGGACGAGCGUCUGAUCACGCGAUUGGAGAACACGCAGUACGACUCCACCAAUGGCCUGCAGGACGACGCCCACUUCACACACUCCCCCGCCCUCCCUGGCAACCUCCCUAGCAACGGCCCCUGGAGCGCCAAGCCCCCGCCCGGACCAGACCCCAAAAACGACAGCGCACCCCCACAGACCCCCCAGUGACACACACACACACACACACACACACACACACACACACACACGUGCACACAAAAACUCUUCCUGGUUUGGAGUUGCUCCACUUUGAUCAUGGCAGUCAGGGCAGCUUUGAUUGGCUGCUCCUCCGUCCACUCAGACCCAAUCAGAGACCAGGGACUUCAGUACUUCCUGUCCACUUUGAGGACUCCGCCUCCAGCUGCAGGGCACAUCCUGUGCGGUGUGUGUGAGUGUGUGAGUGUGUGUGUGUGAGUGUGUGUGUGAGUGUGUGAGUGUGUGUGUGUGUGUGUGUGAGUGUGUGAGUGUGUGUG